CUGGGACCGGCAGCCGUUUUUGCGUUUUUUUCCAGGCACUCUAACUGUUACGAGCGCAAACCAUUCACAUUUAUGAACAUUUAUCAAACCAAAGCGCACCUUUCUUAUUUGCAGCGAAGAGCACAUUUUAUCAUAUGCUAAUAUAUUUUGUGUUUACCAGCUAGCUCGGCUAAAUCUGAUUGGUCGCGUGUUGCUGACGCCAUACUUUUGACAUUGGCAUGGAGCGUGAUAAAAGGGUAACAUCAAAAAGGUAGACGUUUUAGACUCACACCUUGAUGCGUUUAAUGUAAUUAUUCUUGAAUUUGUGUAUUUUCGGGGCACAGACUACAAGCCAAACUGACCCAGUGUUCGCUGUAAUUAUGGUUCUCCCCCUGCUUUCAAGAUCACUUACUGGGCUCCUUGUAGAGUCGUCGUCCAUUUUUCACCAACGGACUUUUAGUGUAUCCGCUGUUGCAGCAGCCAUUCAAAAGAUGACAAGAGUGCGCGUGGUGGACAACAGCUCUCUUGGAAAUACACCUUAUCACCGUCCGCCAAGAGUGAUCCAUGUCUACAACAAGACUGGUGUAGGAAAAGUGGGUGACAAAGUGCUGCUGGCCAUCAAAGGACAAAAGAAGAAAGCGCUAAUCAUUGGACACAAAAUGCCUGGACAGCGCAUGAAUCCACGCUUUGAUUCGAACAAUGUUGUUCUGAUUGAGGAGAAUGGGAACCCUACAGGAACAAGGAUUAGGGUCCCUAUACCCACACAGCUACGCAAAGUGGAGGGGGAUUACUCUAAAGUCCUUGCAAUUGCUAGUUCAUUUGUGUAAUAGAGGCAUCAUUCGGCUGUUGUUUUUGGUAUCUGUGCUUUAUGUUUCACAUUGGGUGGGAGUAUGUGAUUCUUGUCUUCAGUAAACUUUAGAGAAGCGUAUACUGUCAGAGUUAUUGUCUCUAUACAGUAUUCUGUUAUGUAAUGUAUGUAAUUGACACAAGACUUUCUCAACAUGUUUGACAUUUUACUGAGGCCCCUCUGUGCUUACAAUAAACAUAACCUUUACCUUAAGGCA